AUGUCUAUCGAGGCUUCAGUGACUAAGCUAGACCAAUUACCCCAGGAAAUGCUGGAAUUCACGCUGCUCAAAACUACGGGCGCACUGGCACCGCGACUCGGCCGCCUGUCGCUCGCUGGACGGAAAAGCAUCUUGACACCGGGCUUCAUUGGCAACACGUCAAGAGGCGUCCUUCCUCACGUAUCGCAAGACACUUUCAGGAAGAGCCUCAACGUCAAUGGCGUGUACGUCGCGCUCGAAGACUUUGUAGAGAAGCACCCACAGAAGACACCGCCAAUCUUCAGCUAUGAUGUGCCGGAGCCACUCCGCAAAUUCAUCACCCUUCCGCAAGACACUCUCCUCAUAUUAGGCGCGCGACGCAACCCGCCGAUUCACAGUCCCGUCCCCAACACGAAUACUGAAGUGGGCCUUCUGACGUCCGUGGGUUUCAGGUCUAUAAGCUCGGAAUACUAUGCCGCUGCUGUGCGCAAACUGCAACCGGAUAUCGUGGUGGGGUUGGCCGACAUACCCUUUGGCCAGGAGUCGGUAGGCAUAAAGAGGAAAGACAAGAUGAGCGACAGGACAGAAAACUGGCUGCGAGACAUCAUCGCGAAGAAGAGCACUUUGGACGAGGAAGAGAAAGGUUGGAGUAUUUUCGCGCCCAUACUGCCAAUCGACCGAGACUUGCAGUCGUGGUACCUCGAGCACUUGCUCGAAGACAUGGUGGACAAGAUCAGCGGCAUCGCUAUCUAUGAUACCUAUCUUCUGGACGACCUUCCAGAUCAGCUACACCAUCUUCCUCGGCUAUCAUUCCAUGCGCCUGCUAGCCCACAUGAGCUUCUGCGCCAGAUUGGCUUGGGCAUGGAUAUAUUCAUAGUGCCUUUCCUAGCUGAUGCCACCGACGCCGGCAUUGUUCUUGACUUCACAUUCCCUGCGCCAAGCAAGGACGAGGCCUCGAGUACACGGAAAUCUCUAGGAAUUGACAUGUGGAGCGAAGCUCACGCUAUCUCUGUCACCCCACUCUCGGAAGGCUGCACUUGUUAUGCCUGCACAAAGCACCACCGCGCCUAUCUCCAGCACCUCCUCGCUGCCAAAGAGAUGCUUGGUUGGGUGCUGAUCCAGAUACACAAUCAUGCCAUUCUCGAGGCUUUCUUUACCGGCAUCCGCGCCUCGAUUGACGCCGGCACCUUCGCCGCCGACGUUGCUUCUUUCGAAGCGUACUAUGAGCCUGCAUUGCCUGAGAAGACUGGACAAGGGCCACGAGUUAGGGGCUAUCAGUUCAAAAGCGAAGAACACAGUAAGAAAGAGAAGAAGAACCCGAGGCCGUUUAGAAAGUUUGGUGAACAAGAGAUAGCCACGCUGAGAGCAGCACACGGUCAGCAGUCUAACAUGAAGCCGCAGAUGAGGGAUGUCAUUGACGAUGAGGCGCUACUUGGGCUCGUGGACAUGGAAUAUUCGGACACUAAUGCAGAUGUAGCCGCCCCGAUCGAGAAUUUGAAACUCGAGGACGAUGCGAAAGCUUGA